AUGGAGAAGACGUUCAAAGCCGCUAUCAACAGCACAGGACUCACCAUCUGGAGAAUCGAGAAAAUGGCGCUGGUUCUCCUGCCGGAGAAAUCUCACGGCAGUUUCUUUGAGGGUGAUUGUUACCUCGUUCUCAACACAAGGAGAUCAGGAACGCUGCUAUCGUACUACAUUCACUACUGGAUCGGGGCGGAGUCGAGUCAGGACGAACAGGGCGCGGCUGCCGUGUACUCUGUUCAGCUGGAUGAGUUUUUGGGUGCAGCGCCGGUCCAGUACCGCGAGGUCCAGAACUAUGAGUCCAGCAUGUUCAGUGGGUACUUCAAACAGGGCAUCAUUUAUAAGAAAGGAGGAUCAGCAGCUGGAAUGAGACACGUGGUGACGAAUAUUUCUGAGGUUCGGAGGGUACUCCACGUCAAGGGAAAGAAAAAAGUCUCGGCUAAAGAGGUGGAUUUGAGCUGGGACAGUUUUAAUAUGGGUGACGUUUUCCUGCUGGAUAUUGGAAAUAAAAUCAUUCAGUGGAACGGACCCAACAGCAACAAACAGGAACGACUCAAGGCCAUGAUGUUGGCGAAGGAGAUUCGGGAUCGGGAGCGAGGGGGUCGGGUGGAGAUCGGGGUUGUUGAGGGAGAUGCUGAAGGAAACACUGCUUCACUGAUGGAAGCUUUGUGUGAGGUGAUCGGUGAGCGACCUGCUAGUCUUCCUGAUGGAGCUCCUGAUGAACAAGUCGAUCAGGAACAGUUGUCGCAGGUUUCUCUUUACCAUAUUUCUGAUGCUGAUGGACAGAUGAAGACCACUGAGGUUGGAACGCGACCCCUCGAGCAGAAUUUAUUGAAUCAGGAGGAUUGUUACAUCGUGGAUCAGGGGGGAAAGAAGCUGUUCGUAUGGAAAGGAAAGAAAGCCAACAAAGCUGAGAAACAGGCGGCUAUGUCCAAAGCUAUGGAGUUUAUAAAGCAGAAGGGUUACCCUCACACCACCAACGUUGAGGUGGUGAACGAUGGAGCAGAAUCAGCUCUGUUUCAGCAGCUCUUCCAGAAAUGGGUGGUUAAAGAUCAGACCGUGGGCCUGGGACGCACCCACAAUGUGGGCAAAGUGGCCUCGGUGACGCAGGAGAAGUUUGACGCCACGCUGUUGCACUCCAUGCCGAAUGUGGCUGCUAACCAGAGGAUGGUGGAUGAUGGAAGUGGAGAAGUGCAGAUCUGGCGUAUAGAGGAUCUGGAGCUGGCCGAGGCGAAUCCUAACAUGUACGGAUAUUUUUACGGAGGUGAUUGUUAUCUGAUCCUGUACUCGUAUGAAGUGAACUGUAAGAAGUGCUACCUGCUCUACAUGUGGCAGGGUCGCCACGCGUCUCGGGAUGAGAUAACGGCGUGCGCUUUCCAGGCCGUAACUCUGGAUCAGAAAUACGAUAAUCAGCCAGUACAGGUCCGAGUGACGAUGGGAAAAGAGCCCAGACACUUCAUGGCCAUGUUCAAGGGCAGGAUGGUGGUGUUCGAGGGAGGAACCUCCAGACAGGCGGAAACAGAACCAGAACCGAGCCUUCGUUUAUUUCAGGUGUGUGGAACCGAUCCGAGCAACACUAGAGCCAUCGAGGUUCCAGCAUUAGCAGCUUCGCUAAACUCUAACGACGUGUUCCUGCUGAAGACCCAGACUGGAGUUUAUCUCUGGUACGGCAAGGGGUCGAGUGGUGAUGAACGAGCGAUGGCUAAAGAAAUGAGCGCUUUCCUCGGCAAAGGAAUGAACGAGGAGAUCAUGGCUGAGGGACAGGAGCUCAUUGAAUUCUGGGAACUACUGGGUGGAAAAACUCCAUAUGCAAACGAUAAGAGGCUGCAGCAGUCAGUGGUGGAUCAUCCGCCGCGUCUAUUCGAAUGUUCCAACAAAACAGGGAAGUUUGUGGUCAGUGAGAUUCCUCAGUUUGCUCAGGAUGAUCUGUGUGAGACCGAUGUCAUGCUGCUCGACACCUGGGAUCAGGUGUUCAUGUGGGUGGGGAGUGAGGCGAACGAGACCGAGCGUACGGAAUCCAUCACCACGUGUCAGGAAUAUUUACGUACUCACCCCGGCGGCCGAGACCCUGAAACUCCCAUCAUUCUGGUAAAACAGGGAUUCGAACCUCCGACCUUCACCGGCUGGUUCAUGGCGUGGGAUGCGACCAAAUGGAGUGACGGUAAAACGUAUGAGCAGCUGAAGGAGGAGCUGGGAAAGAUCACUGCAGUCACAGAUGUUUCCCAAACGGAUGUAAACGGUGAUCAGAGUGCCGGAGCUGUGGAGGAGGAUCCAGGGAACUAUCAGUCUUAUUCUCUCGAGCAACUCAUCAAUAAAGCUGCUGCUGAUCUUCCACAGGAGGUGAAACCCAACCAGCGAGAGAAACAUCUCUCAGACGAGGAUUUCAGCUCCCUGUUCGGGAUGUCUAAGGAUGAAUUUUUCAGUUUGCCGCAGUGGAAGCAGCUGGACAUCAAGAAGAAAGCUGGAUUAUUUUAA